AUGGCCGACUCGGAGCCCCGCAUCGAUCUGAGUGCGGAGAGGAAGGAAGACGCUGUCGCACGCGACCCACACCUCGGCGCCAACGACCUGGGGGAAGCAAAGUCGGGCGCAGAGCAAGACAGCGACCUGCCUCAGUCACUAUCGAGCGACGAGGGAGCUGAAUCAGCAGCAGCAGCAACAGCAGCAGCAGAGCGUAAUGAUCCACCUCGUAGCAGAUCUGUUCCCAAGAUAGGCUCGGUACCUGCACAUCGAGCACAGCAGGAUAAAUCAAGAACUCACACGCCUUCCUCUUCCAUCUGCAAAGCGUCCGACAUCUUGUCCGUCAUUUCAGCUCUCGCUAGCGCGCCCAAAACCUCGGAAGCAGCGACCAAGGUGCAUUUGGAGACGCUGAAGACUAGUCCCAGCUUGGCGUUGAGGAUUGAACUCUCUAGCGAUUUCCAAGAACUGCUCUUCAUCGAUGACCAGUACGAAGUGGGCAAGAGCGCUGCUGACGACCUCAAUGCCAAUGCAGAUCUUGAUCAGCCUGUGGAACAAGUUGCAGUAGAGCGUACGGUCGAGAUGGAGGCUGAAAGCGAGCUGCCACAGUCGACGGCUAGGAAGGAGGACGACGAGCAAGAGCGGCGUAAUGCGGCAAAGCCUCAGCAGACCCAAGAGCAACAACGAGUUGACGAGGAUGUGAAAGGCUCUGCCCGAUCCACUGGCCUUGCAGACCUUCCCAUGCAUCCACAGGCAGAACAAAAAAGAAGUGUCGUCGUCUUCCGCGCCAGAUCGCAGGUGCCGGGAUUCUUCAACUACAAAGGCAAGCAUGUCGGUGCGCUCACAAUCGGAAUUGGUAGUCACGGACCUUUUGGUGAGCGAAGAGGGGGACAAAUGACUGUCGAGAGGCUCGAAGCUGAUGCUAGCCCCGCGUUCCGGCGUGCCAGUGUACGAAGCGCACCCGAUCAGAGACACGUACGACGAUUGGCUUCUGACAGGCCUGCCCCAAUGGGGUCUGCAAGGCUAGUGAGUGUUUGCAACCCUAACUUUCUUCUUUCUGCUCUGAGCACUGGCCGCUCGUGUCGUGCAUCCCAAUAGCAAGUGCCGAAUGGAUUAUGGAUUGAAAAGGCAGACGCACAAGAGGAUCUUCUUCACUGCGCCGGAUGGCAAAAGGUACAUGUGGUUGACCCACGAUAGUACGCACAACAUGGAGCUGUACCACGUCACCAGAGCCCAAUCGACGCUGUGCUGCGCUGAAGGUGAGUCCAAGAGGCGGCGUUGGCAGCAACAUCGAGGUUUGACCUCUUGAUUGGUCUCCUAACCCCCUUGAAUCUUUUCUUGCCAACCCAGUGCGAACCAUCAAAUACGAAAAGGCAGGCAAACAGCGGUACAUGACGCACAUCUACCUUUGUGAGCCUGUACGCCCCUCGAAGAGAGAAGCGUACGCAAAGCUCAGCAUCUAUGCAUCUAUUUCCACAGAUCCGGACGAUGCCGAAAAGGAGACGACAGCGAUCGCCGACGUCGCCUUGACGUGCGCAUCGUACAUCGCAGCUGCGUGA